AUUAACACCUCCCUUCUCGCAGUACCUUCCACCCUCCGACUCGCUGACUCACUGAGUCACGUAUAGAACAUAAAAACAGAAAGAAAGAAAAGAGAAAGAUAAUGGGAAACUGUAGCUCAGCCGAUUCGGCGGAGGUAGUUGCAACGGCCAAGCUCGUUCUCCAAGACGGGACGUUACAGGAAUUCUCGUACCCUGUGAAGGUCUCGUACCUCUUGGGAGAGAACCCUACCUGCUUUAUAUGCAACUCCGAUCAGAUGGACUUUGACGACGUCGUUACCGCAGUUGACGAAGACGAAGUGUUGCAACCGGGACAACUCUAUUUCGUUCUUCCUUUAAACCGCUUGAGGCAACCCUUGCAGCCUGCAGAGAUGGCCGCAUUGGCCGUUAAGGCCAGCUCCGCUCUCAUGAAGAGCGCCGCUGCCACAUCCGACAAAUACGGAUAUCGUCGCAAACAGAUUGUCAUAACCGCCCAACCGGAUUAUAAGUCUUUACGGAGUGUUUCUGCCGCAGCUGGUGGCGGAGCCGCCGUUUCUUCACGUAGGUCCAGGAGAGCCAGCAGUAGAAGUGGUGGUAAGGAGAAGUUCGCGGCGUUGUUGACUUCUAUACCGGAGUAGGGGCAUUUUUGGAAGAAAAUGUGCUCCGGUCAACUUUUUUUUUUAAAUUUCUUUGUGAAUAUAUUAAUUAUGGAGAAAAUUAAAUAUAAAAAAUUUUUGAAGAUUAGUUUUUAUAUAGAGCUUGUAAUUUAGUGAACCGUCGAAGCUAUCAGAUUCAUGAAGAGAAUUAGCCCAAGUCUUGUGGGAUAUUCGAAUCUUUAAUUUCCUGUCUCCUCUUUUCCAUUUUAAUUUGUAGUAGAUCUGAAGUUUUAACCCGAUGAAUCGGAUUGCAUUGAAAGUUGGUGCAA